CUGUUUACAAACAGGAAGUGUGGCGGGGUUUCUGCGCACGGCGGGCGGGCCCCAUGGAGGCGUACGAGCAGGUCCAGAAGGGCCCCCUGAAGCUGAAAGGUGUCGCGGAGCUCGGCGUGACGAAGCGGAAGAAGAAGAAGAAGGACAAAGACAAGGCCAAGCUGCUGGAGGCCAUGGGGACGAGUAAGAAGAGCGAGGAGGAGAAGAGGCGCUGCCUGGACAAGCGGACGCCGGCGCAGGCGGCCUUCGAGAAGAUGCAGGAGAAGCGGCAAAUGGAAAGAAUCCUGAAGAAGGCAUCCAAAACCCACAAGCAGAGAGUGGAGGACUUCAACCGACACCUGGACACACUCACCGAGCACUAUGACAUUCCUAAAGUCAGCUGGACCAAGUAACUUUCCUCUGGUGCGAAAAACAGGCCAGGUUGGCUGUGUUGCUCCCCUCGGUGUUUUCUAGAAUGUUCUACAGCUGCCUGGUGCAUCUGCUGAGAUGAGGUUUUCUGAAACUUGAUUAAAGUCAGGCUGUACUUUCACUGGGUUUUGGUUUCUGGGUAGUACCCUUUCCUAUUUGGACUGCAACAUUAUGGAUUGACAGGCUGGGGUCAUUUCUGGGUGAAGGCCAUAGAAAGAGGGUACCCUUCACACCCCAUUGCAGCAUCUGUCUUCACCUGCACCACAAUACCAGGACAGGAUGCUCCUGCCUGUGGACCACCACAGAAGUUCCCACAGUGCUGCUCCUUUUGGGCCACCUGGACAUCAGAUCACACAGCCUACAUCGAGCAACAGCCACCUGAAGCAAGGAUGGGACACAGGUCUUCAGCACAUACCCUGUCCUACAGUCUACCUGGUGGCUGCCAUUGCAGACAUUACUAAUCAAUCCAGUUCUCAUUGAUGGCACCUGGUGCUGUAAGCAUAUGGCAUGUGUUAUGAGCCUGCUUGCCAUUGCUGGCUUAAGGACACCAAAUGCCAGACAAUGCCAGGGCAAAGUGCCAGCAGACCUGGUGUGGUGGGAGGGCCCUGGUGCAAAUGCUGCAGAGCUUAAGUAUCUGAGAGUCUAGGUGGACCACUUGGAGAACCUGUGUGCACACACUGUUGAGAAGCAGCUUCUGCUGCCAUGGAUACCGAAAGAAUGCCAGGAAUCCCUGGAGCUGACAUGUAGAAUAAAGCAAGUGCCAGUCAUGAA